AUGUAUGAUGUGCUCAUCAACUUCAAUGGAGAGGACAUCCGCAACAAAUUUAUUUCUCAUCUCGAUUCUGCCCUCUCUACUGUUGGAUUCACCACUUUCCUUCAUCAUGAGAAUGCAGUGAAGGCAAUGCACAUCCAACAACCUAUUCUCAAUCUGUGUCGGGUAGCAAUUGUUGUUUUCACCAAAACCUAUUCUGAAUCUUGUUGGUGUCUUCAUCAGCUUCAACAAAUCAUUGAAUGGAACGAAACUUAUUGCCGACAUGUUCUGCCCGUAUAUUACGAAAUUCAGCCAUCUGAUGUACGACUUCAAAAGGGUGAGUUUGGAAAAGCCUUCAAAGCAACUGCAGAACAAACAUUUUCAGGACAACAACUGGAACAUGGCAUGUCCAUGUGGAGCCACACACUCACCAAGGCUGCAAAUUUAUUUGGAUGGGAUGAGAGCAAUUACAGGAGUGAUGCCGAAUUACUGGAGAAAAUUGUAAAGAGUGUUUCUAAUUUACCAGUCUUGUUGGCUACUAAAUUUCCAGUUGGAUUACACUCUCAAGUGGAAGAUGUGAUUCAAACUAUCAAAAAUAAAUCUACGGAAGUUUGUACAAUAGGGAUAUGUGGAGAGGAAGGAUCUGGUAAAACCACCCUUGCCAAAGCCAUCUACCAUCUCGUUCAUGGUACAUUCAUGGAUAAAAGUUUCAUUGAAGAUAUUGAACAAAUUAGUGAAACAAGAGGGUAUGUUCAUUUACAAGAACAACUUCUUUCGGAUUUGCUAAAAACAAAGGUAGAGAUACUUAACGUUGAGAUGGGAAGAAGUAUGAUUCGCGAAAGAGUUUCUGGGAAAAAGGUGCUCAUUGUACUUGACGAUGUUCCUAAUGUUAGAUAA